AUGGAAGAAGGCUACCAUCGCAAGGGACACACCGUCCCAGGGGUAAAUCUGACAGAGAGCAAUGACUAUAUCGAACGCCCUCAUUCUCCGGCCACUCAGGCCGUGGUCCACCGCGCGAAAUGCGCUGUCCGAUCGUCCUCAAUACCGGCUAUGCCUGGCUCCGGAGUUUCUUUGUCUAUCAACGAGUAUCGCCGGAGAAAAGAAGAGAGCUUGCACGUCCCUGUUACGCGCGGCAUCCUGCAGCAUUUUUUGUUCAGGAGAAGAAACACAGCUGAGGCUGAGCGAAAGCAAGAGGAGAAGCGUCUCAUGGAUCGGGCUAAGCGCCUCGUCCGGUUUAAGCAGUCUCUCGACAAGGCGAUGAGCGAAGUCGCCUCCUGCAGUGAAAAAAAUCGGAAGAAACAGGCGGAGCAACAAGAGAGACAACGCACUGAAGCCUUGCACUUGAUCGGCGCUGGACAAAAUCCUGCUCAAGUGUACAAGAUCCGAGAGGUGGAGAGCAGAGUAGAACGAAAGACCCAGACACUUGCGCAGGAACAGCAACGCCGAAAAGCGAUUCUUAUCGAGCGCUUGGCAGAUGAAGACCGGUGGCAAGAAACGAUCGAAGCCCAUGAAAGGCAACAGCGGAAUUCCGAAAGGCGAUUCGAGGAAGAAAUAGGCAUCUUGCGGCAGAGAGAAAUUUCAAAUUAUCUGCACAAGAUGACCGGCGUCGAGGAUCCGUCAGCCGUCGCCUCGACGGCCGCGGAAGGAGGAAACAUGAUUUUCGCCAGUUCUUUGAUUCGAAAAACCACGGGGACAACGCGGGCUUCUACGCGAUUUCCUUGCUCAGACGGGACGGGCACAGACACUCUCGCAAACGACACCCGAUGCUCGCGGUUCACUUUCUCAGACAACGAUGACAAAGACUUGGGGAACUGUGCGUCGUUCGCACGGAGAGAGAAGUUCCAGUGGAAGCCGAAACUCAGCAAAUUCGAGCGGCAGAGCCUGCGGCGUUCUCUCAACGCGCAAAAGCAGAACAUGCUGCGAGGCGAAGUCCAGAAGGCAGCCGGGAAGGUCCACACGGGCCCGAGUUUUCGCGCGAAGCCGGAGAUCAUCCACUUUGAGAACUUUGAGCCGGGCCAAGUUUACAAGAAAACCAUCGAAGUCACCAACAUCAGCAUGACAUUCAACACCUUCCGCAUCGUCCCCGUCCCGGAAGAUCUGCGCGACAUCAUAGAAGUGGACUUUACCCCGCCCGGACGCAUGUCGGCGGGGACCACGACGAGUUUUACCGUCACGUUCUGCCCGAAAAAGAACGCAGAUGUCAUCUCAAAAAUCUCCAUUUUGGCGCCAACGGGUCCCGAAGAGUUCCCCCUGCGGUGCUCCACCAAGAAAACCGUCUUGACAUUCUCCCCCCCGCUAGUCGACGUCCAAGACUUCAUAGCAAACGCCCGAGAAGACAGCUCCAGCACAGAGGCAGACGCCCCGAACGAAGCGACGCACACAGACGCCACGCCACUCGCUUCUGAGCUGCGGCCGCAGGGCCUCGAGCGUCACGGGAGCAGCGCAACUUCCUUUUCUCGGCCUGCAGACGGAGAGGCCGAGGGGCUCGAGAGAAUGCUCGCUUUGGACAUGGGGGAAUUGCAGCUGGGCGCAGUCGGGACGUGUUCGCUGCGCAUUCGAAACGAAGGAGCCCUGGCGUCAGAGUAUCUGCUACUGCCUCUCGUGUGCAACGUCUCCAGUCUGUCCUUUCCUCUCUCACGACCCUCCGAGGACUCGCCCGUUCUCCCAGGCACGGACGACGCCUUGCCGAGCACUCUGUUGCCCGGCGAGGCCGAGAGUGCGGCCGAGCCGCCUCUCUCGGCUUCUGGGCCUGCUCUCGCGUCCCAGACAGGCGGCAAGACUGGAUCCGACGCGACACAACGGAAAGGAGACGAAGGCGAGAGAAGCAGGGACACGACCGGUUACGCGGCCUCGCCUGCUGCCUUCUCGGAGCCGUUCCAGGACACCCUCGAGGCUGUGGAAAUGGUGUCGGCCGACAAACUGGUGACGGGCGCCUCUUUCAACGAAGGCCAGCGACUCGCAGACAUCCCGGGGCUUUUGAAUCUCCUAAACCAGUGGACGUAUGAGCCUAUGAAUCUCCAGCAUUUGGUGCUUGAGAACGCGAUUUCCUCUUUCGCCCCGAGAAAGAUGACGGCCAUCCGCUUCAGCUACGCCCCUUUCGAGCCCGGCGACUUCUACGCGCUCUUCCUCCUCAAGACGCGCAAUCCGCUCGUCCGCGACCGCCUCGUAGCGGUGCAAUGUCGCUGUCUGCCGCCUCCCAUCUCGGUCGAAUCCGCGCAGUACGACUUUGGAGUCUGCAUCGUUGGGAACACGUACUCCCAGCAGCUCUCGUUCCACAAUUCCCAGAACUCGACGAUGAAGGUCUGGGUCACUUCGCCCUCGCUGGGAUCCGAAGGCGAGCUCUGCCUCGAGCCUCGUUCUUCGUUCAUCCAGGCGCACCAACGCUUAACCGUCACAGCGACGUUCCGUCCCAAGGAAGAAUUCUUCGACAGAUUCCCGCAGUACGUCCAAGAGCUCGACGCCGACGUCCGGCGGAAACACCCAGGCUCCCUCGCCUUCGCCAUUCUCGUCCGUGUCGAAGGCGCAGACCAAGUCCUGCCGGUGGAAACAAGGCUAACCGGCAUGGUGACUCGGAAAGAGAUUGUGGUUUCUCCUCCCACUCUGGAUUUCGGGCCCUGCUGUGAAGGCUCCGCCGUCUCUACGCCCCUGGUGCUCUUCAACCCUUCUCUCCUGAUCAUGGAGUACGCCUUCUGUCGUCUUCACCAGGACAUUGCGAUUUACAACUCCUGCGAUGCGGACAACCUGUGCCCGGAUUCGUCCGUCGCAUCUCUCAGCUCAUCCUCUUCCUCCUCGUCCUCUGCGUUCCCUGCUUUCCCUGCUUUCCCUGCCGCUGUGUCGCCUUCGAGUAAACAUGCCCUGAGGUGGGUGGACGCCUUCGACAGCAAGGCGACGGGAACGCGUGCGUUGUCGAGCAGUGUCUGUACACCGGGGCCCAGGUCGCCUUUUGCAGGUCCGCCGUCCUUCUCUCCUGCGUUUCUCUCGGAGCUCGAGGAGCAACACAUCCUCCCGCAGAAUCGCCUCACUCACAUGCAGCGAGGCGAGUACGGGUACCUGCUUCCCGGCGAAAUCCGGAAAGUUCUUGCCGUGUACAGCCCCAACAAGCACUCGCCGGAGAGCUCCAAUUUCGGCGGGCUGCGGACUGAUCCCUCCGACUCGGGUGUGCGUACAGACGCUUUCGUGCUCCGGACGCUAGUAGGCAGCCAGGCUGCGCUGGAGACGCGGAUUUCUUGGAAAGCUGCUCCGUCUUUGGCAAAAGUCUCCUUCACGCCUGCCGCGACUCUCCGCCUACCAGCGGUGCCCAUCGAGGAAUCGGUGUGUGGCACGCUCUACAUGCGUCUGCUUCCCUCGCGUUUCCCCAAGGGGUUCCAAGCCACCAAGAAGCUUGCCUUUCUGGCUCCUACGUCUUCCUCGGGCCCCAGCUCUGUUUCUUCUCCUCCCCUCUCUUCUCCCUCCCUGAAGGUCACCUCAGAGCAAGCAGGAGCGGAACGGCGCGAAGAAGCGGCGAGCUCCGAUGCGACCCUGGGCCCUUAUGCCUCCCCUGCUGUCAGGCCUUGCGGCCGAGGCAGGCUCCGAACGGAGACAGAGAACUCGCGGAAGAAGCCUUGCUCACCGCCUUCGCUCUCGCACGACGCGCAGGAGGAGAACGCCUGCUGUGGGGUUCUUUGGGUGGAGGUUCUCGCGCCUCCGUUUGCUCUCGCCGCCCUCCAGUUCAACCCAGCUUGCUUCGCCCUCUCUGCGAGAGAGCCGUCGCAAAAGAUCGCUGUCUCCUUCUCGCCCGACGGCGCCUACUUGCGGCGAACCGCGAAAAAACCAUCGAUCUCCCCGCAGGUUCCCGCGCGAAGCGAGGCUGACACUCUCGCCCGGUCCCCUGUGUUGGGAGGCACACAGAUGGGGCGCGACCAGACUAGGGAAGAGGUCGGGAUCUCUCCGGCUGCUGCCGGGCUGGGUCAGGCUGCGGCAGGCGAGAAACCCCGAGAGCAUCCGAACGAGAAAGCCCCCAAAACGCUUACAUUCGCUGUUGAGGCCAAGUCAGCGAGCAAGGAGAUGCGCAACGACAGCGUGCCAGAGACCGCAGAGAAGGAAAAAGAAGAAGACGCAGAAGAAGAGGGAAAAGAUGAAGAGCACCUAAAAGAAGUUCGCGAGUACGGAGGCGUCCGGUGGACAUCGAGUCUUCUCCCCUCGCCUCUCUUGGACAAGGAGGAAGGCGUUUGGGCCUCUGCCGGAGGGGACGUGAAACCGGAAGAAGGGCCUUUGGAGCGAAAGAAAUCUCCAAAUGCAUGCGUCCAUGCACAAUGGAUCAUCCCCGUCAGAUGCCGCGUCGCGAAAGGUAGCGCAGACGACGAGUUCUUUUCUUUCCUUCAGGUGUCGACCUGCGCAACGCCUGCUCUCCUCUCGGCCUCGCCUGCCGUGCUGGACUUUGGAGACGUCACCGUGGGGGCUGAGGCUCGGCUGCGAUGCAGCUUGGCCUCUACGCCGGCCCUGGCUAGCGCCUCCGCUUCGCCGUCCCGGCAUUCCGGGUCUUCCGCGGCACCUGCUGUUUUUCUGAGAGCUGAGGAACUGCCUUUCUCUUCCUGCUUCGAGCUCGUCAGCCCGCUGCGUCCACUCCAUCCUGAGAAACCGCUCACUCUCUCUGUGGCCUUUCACCCCAGGGCGCCGCAGACUUAUCGAGCGACACUUCGCCUCGUCGGGCCGCUUACACGGCAGUCUGUGGAACUUCGCGGUCGCGGCAUCCGCGCGGAGUUGGCUGUCUCGCCUCCUGAGCAUGACCUCGACUUUGGAGCGGUUGUCGUGCCUCCUCGGUCCCCCGGAAGAGGCCAAGCGCUGCCUGCGAGUUCUUCUCUCUGCCCGAGCUGGACGCAGCACAUUUUGACGGUUCGCAACCCGGCUUCUUCCUGCGCCAUUCGUUUCCGCGUCGAGUGUCUGUACACCUCGCACCCUGAAAUCGAGACGUGCGGGGCCGGGAGGGCCUUGGCCGCGUUUUCCUGCUGGCCGCUCCACGGCGAGAUUGCUCCGGAGGCCUCGCAGCAGUUUUGCUUCGCCUUCCGGCCCACAAAGGCAGAAGGCCUCCACACCGCGGUGUUUCGCCUGGUGUCCGGAAACGGCUCCCAGCGACCGCAUUACCUUUACCUUCGAGGCCUUGCAGUGUCUCAUCAGCUCUACGCCCUCCCUCCUGUCUCGCCUUUCCAUCCUCCCUCUUGGUCUUCUUUCCCUUCUUCAGUGUCCCUCGCAUCUUCUCGCCCGACCCUCUCUCCGGGGCCCCCUUCUUCUUCUACAGAAAAGGAAAGCCUUCUGUCUUGUCUCCCUCAGCCUCGCGGGUUGUGCGAGAGACCCGGACUUCUCGUGCUCUCUCGGAUUCCCGUGGCAGGUGGCGAGGCAUCCACUUCGCCGUUCUUCCCCCUGCCUUCUUCGGCCGCGCCGCCUGCUUCCUCGCCUCGACCUGGUCCGGCUGUAUCCGAGGCAACGUCGCCACUCUUUCCUUCCUUCGUCUCUCCUCUUGGACAGGACUCGCAGAGAGGCCAAGGCGACCUCAGCAACUCUCUCGCUUCAGGCUGCUGCCGCAACGCCGUCUUUCACCUCCUCUUUGACGACGGCCCCGAAUCUCCAGGCGAGCGAAACGCCCUGCGUCUCUCUCGCACUUCUACUCCUCGCUUGACUUCUCCUCGCCCGUCUUCUCCUCGCUUGUCUUCUCCUCGCUUGUCUUCUCCUCGCUUGUCUUCUCCUCGUCCUUCUUCUCGGCCAGCGUCUGCCUCCCUCUGUGCUGCGAGUCCGCGAGGUCUCUCGAAGGACGCGUCUUCUGGAAGCAAAAAGACUGUAGAGGAGAACGACGGCAUUGAGAAGGGGAAAUCCACGGGCGAGAGAACGGUUCGCUCCCCGCAGCCAGAGAAGCGUGAGUCUAUGGAGAAGGCCUCGAGUGGUCCCGACAAGCACGGCCAGCUGCGGACCCGCGUGUUCCUCCUUGGCGCCGCUUGGGCGCCUGUCCCCGCGUCCGCUUCCACUGCUCAAGUCGCGGGGAAAGGAAACUCUGGCGAUAAGGGUGACGCCAAAGGACAAGGCUCGGGGAACAAAGACGGAUCUUCGCUCGAAACUCGCGCUGCGUAUGCACCCUCUUCUCCCUCGGGACUUGCAGUCGCUGCGUGCCCGGUUCCUUCUUCUCUCCAUCUUUCCAGCGCCGUCUCUUCCCUGGCGACCGGCUCGGCUCCGGGAAAGGCCCCGCCGUUUGCUGAAGGGAAAGGGGAGCCUGUGGGCCAGUUUGAGUUCUCCAUGGAAGGCGAAUUCGCCGAGUGUUUUUCUGUGGAACCCAGCCGCGGAAGCCUCGCAGCCGGCACGCAGCAGCCCGUGACUUUCUCCUUCAAUCCUGUCUCGCGUGCCUCCUCACGGACACGAGCAAUUCUGCAGAGCGCCCCCCGCGUUGUCACUGCGGGGCAGUGGGUGUCGGCGAAGGCACGGGGCGUUCUCAAGGGAGGCUUCGUCCCGGCCACCUCGAGCGCAGCGGCUCAGCAAGAGUUCGAAAUUCUUCUGAAGGCGUUUUGCCCGACUUUUCCUUCCUGA